UUCAUCUGCACCAUGUCUUCUUCAAUAGAGCUCAUCAACCCAAAGGCGGAGAGCGUUCGACGUGCCGCUGCACUUCAGGUCAAUACGACCGGUGCAAUGGGUCUAGCCAAUGUCGUGAAAGGCAACCUAGGCCCAAGGGGAACUCUUAAAAUGCUCGUCGAUGGAGCUGGUCAGAUCAAAAUGACAAAAGACGGCAAGGUCCUACUCUCGGAGAUGCAGAUUCAAAAUCCUACGGCGGCGAUGAUCGCACGGACUGCUGUCGCGCAGGACGACCAGGUCGGAGACGGCACAACGAGUGUGGUUCUACUGGUCGGUGAGCUGCUCAAGCAGGCAGAUCGAUUCAUUUCGGAGGGAGUGCAUCCGAGUGUCAUCGCCGAGGGUUUCGACAUUGCGAAGAAGGAGUCAUUAGCUUUCCUGGACAAGUUCAAGCAGCCCAUGGAGCUCGAUCGUGCAACUCUCGUGAACCUCGCUUACACCUCUCUCGCCACAAAACUCAAUACUGGAUUGGCAAAACAACUGGCCGCCUCUGUUGUUGAUGCUGUUCUCGCCAUUCGCCCUCCACCUCCGGCCGCAGACGCGAAAGAUCAAUACAGGGAUCGAAUCGAUCUUCAUAUGGUGGAGAUCAUGAAGAUGCAGCACAGAACUGCUUCGGAAACUCAGCUCGUACGCGGCUUGGUGCUGGAUCACGGCCCAAGACAUCCCGAUAUGCCUCGCCGAGUUGAGAACGCUUUCAUCCUGACGCUCAAUGUCAGUUUGGAAUAUGAGAAAACUGAGGUCAACUCCGGUUUCUUCUAUUCUUCUGCUGAGCAGCGCGAGAAGCUCGUCGAGUCGGAACGCAAAUUCACGGACGAGAAGGUCAAAAAGAUCGUUGAGCUCAAGAACCUUGUUUGUGACCAGGCGGUUGAUUCGAAGGAGAAGAGAAAGAAUUUCGUUGUUAUCAACCAAAAGGGCAUUGACCCCCUUUCUCUUGAUAUUUUGGCAAAGAACGGGAUUAUGGCUUUACGCAGAGCAAAACGGAGGAACAUGGAGCGAUUGCAGCUUAUCUGCGGCGGUAUAGCCCAAAACUCCGUCGAGGAACUUACACCAGAUGCUCUCGGCUGGGCAGGCCUUGUCUAUGAACAUACCCUCGGCGAAGAGAAAUAUACGUUCGUAGACGAAGUUCGUGACCCCAAAUCCGUCACACUUCUUAUCAAGGGCCCCAACGGACACACCAUCCAGCAAAUCCAGGAUGCCCUCCGCGACGGUCUCAGGGCAGUCAAAAAUGGGUUAGAGGACGAGGCGCUGGUACCGGGUGCCGGUGCUUUUGAAGUGGCCUGUUCGGUUGACUUGGUGCAAAAUGCCAAAAAGAGCGCGAAGGGCAGAUCGAAGAUGGGCGUACAGGCGUUUGCGGAUGCGUUGUUGAUCAUCCCAAAGACUCUCGCUCAGAACGGAGGGUUCGAUGUGCAAGAUGUGGUUGUCGCUCUUCAGGAUGAAGCGACCGAAGGCAACGUUGUGGGCCUGGACUUGCAGUCCGGUGAGCCCUUUGACCCGACUGUGGAGGGAAUAUGGGACAAUUACCGGGUCAAGAGACAGAUGCUCCAUUCCUGCUCGGUCAUUGCUGUCAAUCUUCUUUCGACAGACGAGAUCCUGAGGGCAGGUAGGAGCUCGUUGAAGCCUGAGGGGCAGCAAUAGAUUAGUCCUUUUCGAUGUGUGACGGUCAAGGGCUAAUGUACGGUGAUCGAAGUGGCGCGGUAUGUACGGUAGAAGGCGUGCGCAAUGGAAUCUGCUAGAAGUUCAAUCAUGAUACUCGCACCAGCCGUCUCAGAUGUUGUUUGGCCAUUCCCGCUCUUAGAGGAUGUCCUUAUAUCAAAA